AUGGGUGCGGUGGGGAUGAUUCAGUCAAUGAUGAUGCUCUGGUAUUUCGCAGGGGGCAAGAGGGGGGGAAUGUGUCUGGGUGGGAAGAAAGGAAGGAGGGGGGGGGGUAGUUCCGUCCAGUUCGUCUGUCGUCCAUCUAGCGUCGUCUGUGGUGUGUGUUCUGAGUACUAUCUGUCUGUGUCGUGAUUCCCGUUAGUGUUAGGCCUGAGUUCUAAUUGGAACUCUUCUUUUGCCGUCUCUAGAAUCCAGUGCGUCCAGAUGCUCAUGUAGGUAGUGGGUGUAGUGUUGGCCGUCAUGGUCAGUUCCUCUAUUGACCUUAGCUCUUCCAUUUGGCUAAACCAGGUCGAAAGUGGAGUUGUAACUGUUUGUUUCCAGAAUUGGGGGAGCACUCGUUUGGCCACGUUAAGUAUUCUAAUGGUCAUGGAUUUUUUGUAUUUGGAUCGGGGAACUGUUGUGUGGUGUAGGAGCAUCGCUGCCGGUUCCAGGGGGGGGGGCGCAUCCGCGAACUUCUCUAGCAUUUUGUGUAUCCUCUUCCAGUAUGGUUGGAUCAACGCGCAAUCCCACCAGAUGUGUUUUGUGGUGCCCACCUCUCUUUCACAUCUCCAGCAGAGUCUGGAGUGGUCUGGGUUUACGUGAUGAAGGAGAUGUGGUGUCCUAUACCAAUGUGUUAGAAGCUUGUAGGCCGUUUCCUGUGUUUUGCUGUGAGUGGAACAGUGGUGUGUAAGGUAGCAGAUGGUUUCCCAUUCUGCUUCCGUUAGUGUGUUACCCAGGGCUGUUUCCCAUUUUCCCAUGAAUAGUGGUGUCUCGGACGGGGUUUCUGAUUGGAGCAUGGAAUAUAAGAAGGACACUCCAUGCGGGAGCGGGUCUGGGUGUGAGCUGACCACUUCUAUCGUGGUCUGGUCUCUGGCCAGUGCUGGUCCCUGCGGUAGGGAGUGGAUGUAAUUGGUCAGUUGGGCAUGUCGGAAGCGGUGCAUAAAGGUCGGGGGCGUCUCUCCCAUCAAGUCCGUUAGUGUUUUACAUUUCCCACCUUGAAGGAAGUGGUGUAGGCGUGGGGUACUGUCUGGGAAGAUGUGUUUGAGGGUUCCAGGGUCUAGACCCGGCGGGAAGUCCUCGUUGUGUGUCAGGGGCAAGAGGGGGGAGGGGUACGGUGCCAUAUUCCCUUUCUUUGCGGCCUUCCUCCAAACUCUCAUAGUGUGUCUCGUGUAUAUGGACAUGUCACCUCUAUCGGUUGUGUCUCGGCCCCAGGGAAGCCCCGAGAUCGGUCUGCCUGCUUCUGCCUCUUCCACUGUCUUCCAUAGUUUGUGAACUCCGUCUUUAGACCACUCCAUGAUUCUCUGCAGGUGUGUGGCUAUGUAGUACUGGUGGAAGUCUGGAAGGGCUAGUCCCCCUUUGUCUUUAGGACGUGUCAGUGUGGAAAAUUUCACUCUGGGCCUCCUCCCGUUCCAUACGUAUUUUAUCAUUUCUUUUCUGAGUGUGUUAAAGAAGGGGCCUGGUAUGACAGUGGGGAUGGCCUGGAAGAGGUAUAAGAGGCGCGGAAGGAAGUUCAUUUUUAUGACCUGCACUCUCCCGAGCCACGAUAUGUGCGGGUAGGACCAUUCCCUCAAGUCUCGUUGGAACGUGUGUAGUAUAGAGGCGAAGUUGUCCCUAUACAGGUCUCUGCUCUGCUUGGACAGCCAUACCCCUAAGUAUCUAAUUUUUUGUUCGGCCCAUUGAAAGGGGAAGCUGCGUCGUAGUGGGUCCGCGCGUGUGGCGGGGACGCUAACAUUAAGGAUGUAGGAUUUGCCGUAGUUAAUUUUAAGGUUAGAUAUAGCGCCAAAUGUCCGCAGGUCUUUCUGGAUGUUUGGGAGGGUGAUCUCGGGGUUGGUCACCACGAAAAGUAAGUCAUCCGCGUACGCCGCUACCUUGUGGUGUAUUUGGCCUGUCGUCCGGCCCGUUAUGUCUGGAUUGUGGCGGAUGUGUGUGAGGAAUGGUUCCAGGGCGAGAGCGAACAGUAGCGGCGAGAGGGGACAUCCCUGUCGCGUGCCGUUGUGUAUGGUAAAGGUCUCAGUCAGUGCCCCGUUAACUAAUACCUGGGCCGUCGGUGCUCGGUAUAGCGCCUCUAUCCAACGUCGAAUGUUGGGACCCAGCCCCAUGUGGGAUAGUGUCUCGAAGAGGUAGUCCCAGCUCACUCUAUCGAAGGCCUUCUCUGCGUCCGUGGACAACAAGAGGAGGCCUCCGUCCGUGCCCCCGCCUCCGUGCAUAAGUGUGAGCGCUCUGAUGGUGUUGUCGCGUGCCUCACGUCCUGUCACAAAUCCCACCUGGUCGGGGUGGACCAGAGACGGGAUAUGUUUGGUGAGUCGCACUGCCAGGAUCUUGGCUAGUAGCUUAAUGUCGCAGUUGAUUAGCGAUAUUGGUCUGUAAUUCCCGCAAUGCUCUCUGUCUUUGCCGUCCUUGGGUAUGAUGGUAAUAUGGGCUGUCAGGGCUUGGGUAGGGAUGUGGUCUCCUUCUUGUAUCGCGUUAAAUGCUUCCACCAUGGGUGGGUAGAGAUCCUCGGCGUAAGUCUUAUAGUAUUUUACCGGUAAGCCGUCCGGCCCCGGGCUUUUGCCCGGUUUAGUGAGUUUGACUGCUCGCGCUAAUUCCUCAAUGGUUAUGGGUUCGUCAACCAGGUCAGCGACUUCUACGUCUAGGGUCGGUAUCGGGUAUUUAGUCAGGUAUUCCUGAAUCGAGCGGCUAAUAGCAGAUUUUAAACACAUUUGGUGGGGUUGCCCCAUAAUCCAACAUCUUUGGGAAGCAACAAAUCAGUAUUUGUCAACUUUACUAGAAAAAAAGUUAAAACUGACCCCAAUCAUGGUUUUGUUGCAUAUGGACAUGAAGGAAAAUGAUAGAAGUCUUGGACUAGUUGUUUUCCAUAUUUUAAUGGCAGUAAAAAUAGCAAUGGCCAGGAACUGGAAAUCUCCCUUGGUGGUUAGCUGGCCCAAGAUUCAUUCAAAAAUUAUUAUACAAUGUAAGAUGGAGCGAGCUAUCACCAGACGAUCCCCUUUGAUGUACCAUCAAUAUAAUUACUGGGACAGAUGGAUUGAAAGACUAACAGCAUAGUAGUUUUCUAUAUCCUUACUAGACCUGGCCCAAAAGUACUAGUUCUUAAUAUACAAUAUCCUCUUAGUACAUUUGGUCCUGUUGACGUCCCCUGCCCCGAGCCUUACCACAGCCAUAACUUUUUCUCCUAGUCCAAGUCUGUUUGUUUAUGUAUUUAAUUGUCAAAUUAAACUUAAACAAAAUUAAAUUAAUGAAAAAGACAAAGGUAUGAAUAACAAAUGAGGAUUUGGUAUUGGAUUUUGCAGACAUAGAAGUUUAAGGAUAAAUACGCAAUAACAAAUACCAAUUUCUGAUGUGAAAAAAAAAAAGUCAACUUGAAAGUGCCAUCCAAAAAGUUUGCUCCUAGUUUCAUAGGCCCCUACUAGAUCCUGAGACGCAUUAAUGCCAUUUUGUAUACUGUGGCAAAAGGGACAUCGACACUAGUUUUUGGAGGGCACUAAUUGCCAGCCUUGUGCCUUGGGACUAUGGCCCCAGUGAGAUUGGGCACUUUAAAAACAGUCUUGGGGCUUAUGGACUUGUAUUGGACUGUGUAUGGCCCUUGCUAAACUUUAACCCCAUGGCGAUUUUAUUGUGUUCGUGGGAUCUGAGCGCUGUUCAGAUAUAUUGAGCGCUUAGAUCCAAGCUAUCUGGGGAUAGGUUGAAUGUGGGGGUUCUGCUCAGUAUAAUAGGAAUUAUGUAUUUUUAUGUGUUUUUACUGUUGUUGUGAAUAGAGAUAUUUUCUGUAUGCUGGAUAUAAUUGGCUUACCACACCCAAGCCAUGCUUGCAGUCGGUCAAAAAGGGACUUCCAACUAACUUUUGAACCACUGGACUUGUAUGAUUUUGACAUAUGUUUGUAUUUGGAGUAUGCUGAUUCUGAAAAUGUGAAUGUUAUGUAUGCUUUUAAAGUUAUGAAUAUUGUGUAAAACUGUGUAUUUUCCUGCCUGUGAUAAUUACUUUAGCCCAUUGUGUUCCGUAAUUAUAUCACAGGCAGAGGGGAGGAUUUUGCUGUAAUGACUGGGUGUGUCAGACAUUGUUGUAUUGUUUUGAUUGGUUUGUGUCCUUUGUGUGCCAGUGUUCCAUCAGGUCCAGGGGGUGUGCCUCUGGCCUGAGGAAUUGUAUAAAUUGUGAGUGCUUGCUUCCAUUAAACAUUUCUACUUCACCCUAAAUUUAGAGUCCUGUCUCUUAUUAGCGGAGUCUACUACAAGGGAUUGCUAUGCUCUGCAUAUUCCCUUGCUAUAAUCACUCCUAAGCUUUUUUAAGAGCUUGUUCCUGUUUCGCUCUGAAGGAAGAGAGGUUAGGCCUGCGGUGGUUGUGGUGUCUAGAGUGCUUGGUGCUAGAGUGCGUGGAGCCCUCAGGAAGCGCUAGGAGCAUCCUUCAACGAAGGUACCCAGUCGGGGUGACAGGCGAUCCAUUACAUAUAGGUUGCAAUUGCCCCCUGCAUAGCGUACCACCAGUACCUUUCACGUUUCACUGUUGAAGCCCCUCACGUGUAACAAGUUCACUAAACCCCUUAUCGCUCCUGCUUCUGUUGUAGUGGAAGGGCAGGAUGAAUAUGAGGUUCAGUCUAUUGUUCAGUCUAACCCUUCCAAAAGGGUUAUGGUACUGAAGAGAUGACCUGGGUGGCAGUUGAUGAUGUCCAUGCUCCCCGUCUGCUCCGGGUUUUCCAUUCUCACUUUUCUGAUUGCCCUAGUGGUUUCCGCCUAGUGGGCGGUUCUAAGAGGGGGGUAAUAUCAGCCCUGCUGUAGUUAUCAUGGCGGUACGCCAAUUAAAUGAUGCUUUGAUCUGGCGGACCGCCACUCCCACGCUGUUUAAGGCUCUGGUCUGCAUUAUAGACACCAGCCACUGUGUGUCUGCCACUGAAUUUGGAGAGAAUGUCUAACAGCUCUGACUCCAUGUCACAACUUGCUUCUGUUCCAUUACUGUCUACGGCAUUCCACUUCCCUUUUAAAGGAACACAAUAGUCACCCAGACCACUUCAGCUCAAUGAAGUGGUCUGGGUGCCGGUCCCUCAGGUUUUAACUCUUCUUGCCGCGCUCACACAUUCGGCUCCACUCGGGAGCUAACAUCGGUGGGGGACGAGAGGUCACCAGCGCCGAGGGAGUCCAGGACUGGAUCACUGUGUUAUAACCCCUUCAGCACCACGGGAGGGGGACCUUAAGGGUGAGGGUCCCCCAAGGAUGACAUAGUGUCAGGAAAACGAGUUUGUUUCUCUGACACUAUAGUGAUCCUUUAAAUCUAUGGGCAUUUUAUUCUGUCAUUCCUUUUAGUAGGUAUUCUGGUGGUCCCGUGGGCAGAGUGCACUCUUCGUGUUUUUCCACAAACCCGGCAUUACUGAGAAGAUUGCCAUGGGAACCCACGGCAACGCUCACAGCGACUGAAACCUUUGAGGCUUCUGAAAGAGCUUUUUGUUCCAGCAGGAGGCGAGAUCAGUUGCUCGGUGCGCCGCUCUGCCUAUGUAUGGGCUGUUGAUUGCGAUCUUUGAUCUCAGUGUCCUGUAAAGCGGGAAGCUGGUUGGAGGGGUAAAAUGGAGCGAUUUGGUGAUGCGAUUUGCCUCACUGGUUCAACCCAAAGGGGGUGCUCUCUGAAGGGUCAUAUUGCACUGAGCAUAGCACUACUGUGUCUCUUAAUAUGUUGGGGAUCGUUCCCUAAUACAUUAUUUUGGGCAGGGUUAAAAAGGGCAGCCAUGUCUCAUGGAACAAACACAGCUCCAGCUGUGAAAUCAAUUAUUUUUUCAAGGCUGACAUUUCAAAGCAGCCACCAUUAUUGAUUUCAUACGAUUUCAUAUAAUGUCCAUUAGGGCAAUUUGCCCAAAUCAAAUAUGGCCGCUUCGAAUCUUUAGCAGUUUGCCCUAACGAAUCCUUGGCCUGUCUGCCUCAGUGCCUCCCUUUGCUGUACUACGGUGUUGUGUCGCUCUAUGACUUUGCAAUCCAGCUGAAGUUUCUGCAGCUUUCCAGCAGUUCGGAUCCGUGGGACUUCAUUUCCCGUGAAGCAUUACGCCUUUCCAUGUCGCGUUUCCACUGACGUCAUGACUCCGUGCAGGUUGCUGCUGGCGCGGGAAGUCCGUUGGUUUUAGAUCUUGCUGCCAGCGCUCGGUGUCCGGACUGUUACCCCGGAGGCGGCUGUGAGUACCUGGCUGGCCAUGAUGCCCAUUGCUGGCAGGUCCGGGGCCAUUCAGUCCGAGUUCAGAUAAAAUGCGGCCAUGAUGGGCGGGUCUCCGCGAUCACUAUGUCCCUUACAGCCAUCCGUAGCCUUUAUCAGUAGUAAGGCAUCCCCUGAGCUCUAUAGAGGGUACAGCCAAUGUGGCUUCUAGUCAAGCUCUCCAUUUCUUCCAAUGGUUUUUGAUAGUGCCCCUUUAAGAAAAUACAGUCCUUGGUCACAGUUGGAUGUUACUGAUCACUGUGAAUUCUGGACGAUCAAACUGAAGCCUGGCUCCAGCAGCGAGGGGCAGCAGUGUCACAGUUAAAGUGUCACUGGUACUGCCCAAAGGGUGAGGGCUGCACGUCUGCCUGAAGAAUUGGAAAGUCAUCCUGGCGUGAAUGCAGGUUGGCUAACGAAGGGCAGACUAAGCGAACAGUGCUGUUUCAGCGCCCUGAGCUUGGGCCAACACGUCUAAUGAUGUGCUCGCUCACUAGUAGGCAGUUUGGGAUUUCAGGUGGGCGGUGGUGGGUUUUUAAGAAACUACCCAGUGGGCCUCGAUGGCUGUGGACCAAGGCCGGCAGCGAGAUCCUUUCAUCUCCCAUGCCGGCCCAUGCAGAGCCAGCCUUGCUGUAAGCCCUCUCGGUCUGGUGAGGAGAUCACUUAGUUCCAGCGGAGGGAGGGAAGGACCUGGGAGGCUCUGUGUUCCUUCCUCGAGCAGGCUGGUCGGAGUGUUGCUGCGUGUUACCAUGACAACACUCCAAAACAGUGCUCUACUCGCAGGAGAGUCAGCCAGCAGCUGGAGGAGUUGUAGGCUAAGGUGAACAUGCCACCACUAGACCACCACGGCUUGUAUUAUGUCCCCUAUCCCUGGUAAAAGGUAAGAAGGGAAGAGAAAACCUGCACACAGCUUAGAUCCUUGCACCCCUCUCACACAUACAAAAACUGCCACCCUUCACACACACACACACACACACACUGCCCCCUCACCCACAAACACACACACUGCACAUCUCAGACACAUUAAAAAAAGUAGAAAGGAAAAAAAUACAUAAUUGGGCAGACUAGAUGGGCCGAAUGGUUCUUAUCUGCCGUCACAUUCUAUGUUUCUAUAAAUGUAAGUACAUAUUAAAAAACAAAACAAAAAAAACCUUAUCUAAGAAAAAUAAAAUCACACUUGUGCUGUAAAAGUAGUUACUGUGGCACUGGUGGGUAAUGAAAUUUUACUAUCAACAAAGAUACUAAAGUGGGCAGUAGGUAUUAAAAUAAAUUGUACCCCUCAUUCGCAAAAUGUUUGUAAUAUAGUUCAUGUUAUUUCAAAUUAACAAGUUUUUCUCUGCCCUAGGAUCCCCUACUUUUCCUCUGCCUUAGGCAUAUAUAAAUAUAAUCAGAUACACACAGACGCACACACUGACACAAAUGCUGAUACACAGAAACAAACACUGAGACACAUGCAGUUACAGACACACAGAAACAAACAUUGAUAUGUACGUUGAAACAUGCAGAUACAAGCACUGACACAGAUGCAAAUGCCGACUCAGGUGCACAGAUACAAACACUGAAACACAUGCAGUUGGACUGCUACAUGCAGAAACAAGCACUGACACAUGCAGAUGCACAGAUGUCUAGCAUAAUUUCACAGAGGUAAAAGACUUGAGGGAGCACCUCUUGUGGCUGUCUGGGAGUCUUAACGCUGCAAUGUAAACAUUGCAGUUUCUCUAUUAGUAGUUAAACAUUACAGCCUAGUGAUAACUUCACUGGCCACUCCUCAUAUAGCUGUUAGAGAUCAUUCCUGGGUCAUGGCUGCCUAAAAUGCAUCCAAACAUUCAGUGUCUCCUCCCUCUGCAUGCAGACACUGAACUUUCCUCACAGAGAUUCAUUGAUUCAAAUCAUCUCUGUGAGGAGAUGCUGAUUGGCCAGUGCUGUUUAAAUCAUGCUGGCUCUGCCCCUGAUCUGCCUCCUUGUCAGUCUCAGCCAAUCCUAUGGGGAAGCACUGUGAUUGGAUCAGGCUACCACUUCUGAUGAUGCCAGCAGACUGUUUGUUUUUCUGAAGCAAACAGCAUGUAGAUUUACAGCUUCAGAGCGAACACGUGGUCACAAUAGGUGUCUGACAGGCAAUCUCCCUGCAAGUGUAAAAUAAAAAAAACUGUUAAUGUUAAUAAAAAAAUAAUUAUAUGUGUAUAUAAAUGAUAUAUAGUCAUAUAUUAUAUGUAUAUAUAAUGUCUUUAUAUCAUAUAUAGUCAUACUAAGUGUAUUUUUAUAUUAAUAUGUACAUGUGUAUAUAUAAUAUAUAAUAACUAUAUAUAUUGUAUAUAAAUAUUAUUAUAAAAUACAAAUAAGUAAUUUAAAUUAAAUAAAAACAUGUAAAAAUAAUAAAAAAGUUAAAAUAUAUAUAUUUAUAUCAAAAUACACUUAGAAUGAAAUUGUGUAUAUAUAAAUAAAUAAAAAUAAUACGAAAUAUACGAAUGUCUAUAUACAAAAUUCUAUAAAUAAUUAUAUAAAUAUACACGUAGACUUCAAAUAUAUAAAUAUGCAUAUAUAUUUAAAUUCUACGUGCGUAUUUAUGCAAUAUUUUUACAUAAUUAAGUAAUUUUAUUGAUUGCAAUUUAAAGGGCCUGUCUGCCAACCCAGGCCGAAGGUCCAGAGAAUUUAAUUUGAUAGCACUAUAUUUUACCCUGUAACUUUCUAUGACACUAUAAAACCUGUACAUGAGGGGUACUGUUUUACUCGGGAGACUUCGCUGAACACAAAUAUUAGUGAUUCAAAACAGUAAAACAUAUCACAGCGAUGAUAUUGUCAGUGAAAGUGACUUUUUUUGAAUUUUUCACACACAAACAGCACUUUUACUGAUGAUAUAAUUGUUGUGAUACGUUUUCCUGUUUUGAAACACUGUUUGUGUUCAGCAAAGUCUCCUGAGUAUAACAGUAACCCCCCAUGUACAGGUUUUAUAGUGCUUUUGAAAGUUACAGGGUCAAAUAUUUUUACAUUGAAAAAGGCAAGGUUGGUUACGUUGCCUUUGAGAGCAUAUGGUAGCCCAGGAAUGAGAAUUACUCCCAUGAUGGCAUACCAUUUGCAAAAGAAGACAACCCAAAGUAUUGCAAAUGUGGUAUGUCCAGUCUUUUUUAGUAGCCACAAAAAAAAAUAAAAAAUGCGCCACUUAGUCACAAACACUGGCCAAAAUUAGCGUUCAAUUUAGUUUUUUCCUUUUUUCACACACAAACAAAUAUGAAUGCUAACUUUGGCCAGUGUUUUCAACUAAGUGGCUACUAAAAAAGACUGGACAUACCCCAUAUUGAAUACCCUGGGUUGUCUACUUUAAAAAAAAAUAUGUACAUGUGGGGUGGUAUUUAGAGAUUUAUGACAGAUAAUAGUGUUACAAUGUCACUAUUGAUAAAUUUUAAAAAUGUAUGUUUUGAAACCGCAAUAUCCUACUUGUACCUAUAGUCCUAUAACUUGCAAAAAAGCAUGUAAACACUGGGUAUUUUUAAACUCAGGACAACAUUUUUAAUCUAUUUAGCAGUUUUUUUUCAUUUGCUUUUGUAGAUGAGUAAAAUAUUUUUUUAUGUAAAAGUCAAAAAACGUAUUUUUUUAAAAAAAAUUUCAUCAUAUUUUAUUUAAAAAAAAAUUUAAAUUACUUGAGAUUAUAUAAAUAAUGGUAUGUAAAGAAAGCCCCUUUUGUCCUGAAAAAAAAUUAUAAUUUGUAUGGGAACAGUAAAUGAGAGAGCGGAAAAUUACAGCUAACCACAAAAGUGUAAAAAGAGGCCUGGUCGCAAAUGUACAACAUCGCAAAAACAGUCCAGUCCUUAAGGGGUUAAGGACCAAGGCUGUUUUGAGAUGCCACGUGUUUUUGAACAAGUCCUUUUUGAAACGUUUACCAUGCAUUAAAUGUGGCGCAAUUCCACCCUUCUUGUUUCAGUGCACUUAUACAUGUUGUUAUAUAUAAUUAUUUGAAGGAGAAAUAGGGCUGUCUUUUGUUACCAUAUAUGUAUGCAAAAUACAAUAUUAAAUAUAAAUAAAAUAUUGAAAAAAUAAAGCUUUUUUUCUCAUUAAUUUUACAUUAAGUUUUUCUUCACAAGUGUGUCUAAGCAGAAAUCUAAAUCUGUUUAUUGAUUAGUCCUGAUUACUAAAAUGCCUGAUAUGUCUUUCAUUUUACUUAAUGUUUAGAAGUUAUAAAGCAAAUAUUGCAAGGAGUGAAUUACGAUUUUUCAGCCAAAUGUUUGCAAAAUUUGGCAUGCUGAGAUUACAACUUUAUUUAGUAGUCUCAUAAUUGAAAACCGAUACGCAAAAGUUUUAUAUUUGUAGAAAGUACAUCCCGUAGGCUUUCACUAAGAGCAUUUUUCAUUUAAGCAUUUUUAAAAAAAAUUCUUUAUUUUGCAAUGCCAGCACAUAUAGCAAACGCAUAUAAAGGUACCCCAACGGCAUUCCUUCAAUGCUUUUAACUUAAUUAUAACAUAGAGGUAUAUGAUGGAACAUGCACAAUUUUAUAUUAAUGUAUUUUGGAACAUAUACAUUUCAAGAACCACUUGAUAACGAUAAGGUACAAUACUAACUGAUGGAAGCUUUAACGGUUGUUGCUGUGUAAGGUGUACAUGUUUGAGCUAAAAGGUGAUUCGUGUGCGUUUAGGUCAGGUACACCCUUAUGUAAUGAUUGUGAGUCGCGUGUAUGUAUGAAGAUUACCAGGCAGGCGAGCAUGGCCCCGUUGUGUGAGUGAGUAGUCUGCUGUCUGAGCCUGCUUACCCUGCUGUCAAGGGUAAUACAUGCAGUGAGGCAGUACGUGUGUGUGAAGAGUUAUCGUCUAGCUAAAAUCGGGCAGGCAGUGAGUUCAAUAUUAGAGUCCUACGUUAUUGGUAAGUCUCUUGUUAGGAGGCUGCAGUGUGACAUGAGCAGCAUCUCUUGGAGUCUCGGCAGGCGUGUUUGCUGUCAACCUAUGCCCAAUGCAGGGAAAGAUAGUAGGAAUGCUUUGCCGUCCUGCUGGGGCAUGAGUUGGUGCAGCGUUGCUGAUUCUGGUUGCAGGCCUGUCCGCCCGUCGCUGUGGAGGUCUGCCUUGAUGUUGCCGGCAAGUGAAGUCCCCCUCUGGUGCUCUGGGCCCUUCCGUGACAUCGGGAGAGUUUGGAGCCAUGAGGGAUGUUGGUCUGUGUUUAGUCGCUUUGUGGUUCUCGGCUUCGUGCCGUUUCUGUUAAGAGCUUGUAGGUACAGUCGGGUUGAAUGCGUUGCGCGGCUCCAUCUUGCCUGUUGAUGUGCAGGUGGUAUGGGUCUUUGCCUCUGGAGCCAUCUUUUAGGUUUUGUAUUGCGGGGGCCUGUGCUGCUGUGGCGGGUGAGUGCGUUGUUUCUUUGGUCUGCCGCUCUCUGCUAAUUAUUUUUGCCCAAAAGGCGUCGAUCUUGAUUUGUAGUUUCUACGCCUCUGCAUGGUAUUUGCGGUCCCAUGUGGUGUCCGCCAUUUUGUAGGCCUGUGUAGCCAAGGGCUGUUUGUGGGGCUCCGCUGUCCACUUUCUUUGUGGCACCGCUGCCUGGGUGUCAUGGACCGGGAUCACUCCCACCGGUCCUGGGGGUAUUCAGUGUUUCGGUAUCUCCGAACCACUGCUCCAUCCGCCGCAGGCCUGCUGCCUCGUGUGCACGAUUAUUGGGCUUACUCAAGUUUGGUAUCGGGUGAGUCACCAGGUAGCCCCCAACAUGGGUAGCGUACCCUGGUAUCAUUGCAGGCUUGAGAACUGUGAGUAAUUCCCCUAGAAUUGGUUUGGUUGGCGGGAGCUCUUCCACCGUGCGACCGCUCUGCUUGCAGGUCAGGCCUCGCCCCCCUUCAUUUAAGCAUUUUAUCCCAAAUCUUAGUCAAAAUAUUAAAUUUGUUUGUGGUUUUUCAUACAUGUUUUAUUGUGGGGAAUAUCACAGACUACGUGUUCCAUUACUGUAAACACCCAUAUUUGUAUUCUGCUACCUCUAAUCCGAUCUCUGAGGAGUUCCCUCUGCUGACAUCAGUACUGACAUUAGCAGAGGGACUUCCAAGCUCACACAGUACAGAGUGCUCUAUGGGAUUGCAGCAUGAGACAUAGAUUUCUCUCUCGUCCUGCAGCUCCUAAAACUAUGAUUGGCACUGUGCAGCUGACAUAGCCCACAUAGAUCACCGGGCAGAGGGGCAUGCUGGGAGACCUCACCGUGGUCUAUUAUACUGGAGCCUGACUCAGAAUCACUCUGGCUGAGCACAAUCACUUAGUCUUGAUAUUUAAAAGGAUGUUUCUAGCACUCACUGUCUGGAAUUUGUUGUUUGAACGUUAUCUAAACUAUAACUCACAGUUACCUCAUGUUUACUGAUAAUAUAUCAAACUGUGCCAAGGACAGAAGGAGAGCCAUGUACAGUAAUCCAUACAGACAGAAAUAUUUUGGAAUUGAAGAGGUGGGGUAGAGUAGACCUGGUUAAUGUGCAGAAUUCUGCAAAACAUUGUUUUUUUAUUUUCUUUUAGAAAAUACAGCAAGCAUUAAAGGGAUUCUAUAGUAUAAGGACUACGACGUUUUUCCCUCUGCUUCCCCGACCCCCAGCAUGGAAAUUGCAAAAAAAAAACUUUUGUUUACUCACACGAUCUCCUUCGGUGCUACGUCGGCGCCCCGCCUCCACCAUCAUCCUAUGGCAGUGAUGGCGAACCUAUGGCAUGCGUGGCUGUCUGAAUUAACGCAGAGUAGGCACCUACUCUGCUUUCUGUCGUGUGGACACGGAAGCAGGGGGAGGGAUCUAAGAAGCUGUCCUCUCGCAAGCGAUUUGUGUGGAGCGUUGCUGCGCAUUACUAUGGCAACGCUCCACACAGCAUCUCAGGAGGACAGGAAAGAUGCUUCCCUGUCACAUACUUACCACCAGGGAUGGCUGUGUUUUUUGGGGGGUGAAGGGGUUGUGUGCAAACAAGUCUUAAUCGGUGAGCUAAGUUUUUUUUUAGUAGGGGAUUGUUUUGAAAUGAGCUAGACUAAUCCUAUAGAUGUAAUUCCUUAAGAUGUAGUAUAGUUUGUAGGCUAGAUCUGGAAUCCCAAGUACAUUGUCAAAUCUGUUCAUUCCAAUGUAAAUUGCCUUGCGUCUGUUGUGCCCUUGUCACUAUUUGUAUUCAUAAUGAAUGGCUAACUUUUCUUUAUUUUCCAUAGAUAAUGGAUGCAGAAGACUUCAGUGAACAGGAGACAAUGCUGAUUGAUGAGAGUCCUUGCGAAGAUGAGGUUGAGUUUGUUGGUGUAAGUUUCUAAUUGUUCAUUGUUCAUUAAUGGACCACUAUAGUGCCAGGAAAACAAACUUAUUUUUCUGACUCUAUAUUCCUUAGGUUCCCCCCUCCCGCUGGGCUGAAAGGGUUAAAACCCUUUCAGCCACUUACCAUAAUCCAGCGACAGGCUUCCUCGGCGCUGGUGACCUCUCCUACCCCUCCAACGUCAGCUCAAUGCUUUCCUAUGGACUUUCUGCGUGCUCAAUGUGAUUUUUCACAUUGAGCGUUGCGGAAACGCAUGUAGCGUCUGUCAGGAAGACAGCCACUAGAGGCUGGAUUAACCCUGCAAUGUAAACAUAGCAGUUUCUCUGAAACUGCUAUGGUUACAGCUGCAGGGUUAAAACUAGAGGGACCUGGCACCCAGACCACUUCAUUGAGUUGAAGUGGUCUUGGCGACUAUAGUGGUCCUUUAAUAAGUACUAAAAUACAUAGUAACUGUAUAUAGCUGUAGGGGGUCUGGUGCUUGCAAUGUUCUUUGGAACUCUGUUAUAGACCCAGCUUGUCUAUUUUAUCCUGAAUUGUCAUAUUGUCACAAUUCAGUCUUGUGAAUAAAUCUUGUAUGUUUGUGUAUUUUAGAAUGGGCGUAUCUUUAGCAAUCAGGUCUGCAUUCAAAAAAACUUUUCUUCUCUGAAUGUGUAACCAGUGCACAGAUUAUUGUGUUAGUGGUUUGUUGUUCCUUGUCGGGAGUCCACCUAUGUAAAUACAUAAUGUAUUCCAAGCUUCCUGAAACUGAAAUUUCAGAAGCCGGAUGCCACCUGGGGAGGGGGAAAGGCGAGGAGGGAAUGGAGAUCAGAGCUGGUGGCAACUCUGGGAAGGUAAGAGUGAGCUUGUGGUCUCCUGACAUCAUAAGACACCAUAACACCUUCAUUUAGAUUACAUGUUUAUGGUGCCUAAACUGCCCCUUUAAGUUGGUGAUAGGAUUUAGCAUCUGCUCUGUCACAACUCAUGAAGGAGCAUAUUGCACAGCAGAAGUGUGUGUGUGUGUAACUUUUGUAACUGUUCCCUAUUUUUAUAUAACCACUUUUAGAGACUACUUUAACCCUUGUGUUUUGUGACAGCUCUUCUGAUCAACAUAAAUCCCCCAUAUUAUUACGGUGGCAUAUGAUGUCACGUCAUUACAAAGCAGGUCAUAAGGGAGAAUAAGCUGUGCAGAUGCUACUGCACUUCUAUUGGCAAAACCUCAGAUGAACAGAAAACUGAUGUUCUCCAUAUCAUAUCGGAAUAACUUAUCUUUUGUGUUACAUUUCUUUUAGUGACCUUGUCUUAGCAUUGAGUGGAAACACAACUCAUGAUUUUGAGUUCAAGUAUAUAGAUUCUACACGUUUUUUAUUUUGUACACAGGAGGGCCCUUCAAGACCUGUUCUGGAUUACAUUGACCUCAGUUGUGAUGAAGACUCUGAGGGAUCAGAUCAACCUGUGAGUAUACCCUCAUUUAGUAUGUCAUAGAGUUAACUACCAAUAAUCCUCUUUGCUUUCAGUAAUGGUUUAAUAAUUUGAUUAGGGAAAUUUGACAUUUACCACGGCCACCUUAGCGCCGGCCUACUUAUUUAUUUUAUUUAUUACUAGUAUAUAUAAAUAAGUAAGCACUUCACAUAUAACAGUAGGUUUGGUGCGCAAAUCCAGUUAGCUCAGCAGUCAACUACUGAUCUAACAAUUUACCUAUGCUAUAGUCGCUCCAUAAGAUCGGGAUGCGGAGCUAUUAGUGAGAGAAUAUUUUUUUUGGGGUAUGGGGUGCCCUCGAAGGCACAUUAGCCUGAUUCUUUUUAUAGAUUAGGGCUAAACCUUAUUGUUGUUAUUAUUUUUCCUUUCUUUUUCGCCUCUUCACUGUGAAGACCCAAUUAUUUAGUUGCUAUUAUAGAUCUUUAGGAUUGCAGACAUACACAAUUAGAGUAACAGUUGCUAAUUUUUCACACUCUUCUUAUGCCACCAUUUAUUAUUCUCCACUUGAGGGACAGAUCACGUUUAGGUACUUAAUGUGAAUAUAAUACUGCAUUGCCCCAUAAUUGUGGCAACUAUCUAGUAUAUAUUCAUUUAUUUUUUCAUAUUUUACUUAGGCAUAUCUUUUGUAUCUAUUUUAUUUAGAAUAAUAAAAGUUAAGUUUUAGCAAAUGCCCGUUCUCACAUAAAUAGACACUUUUUGGAGACCUAUUUAUUAGUUUGUUUUUUCUAUUUGAAUUCACUAUUUAGGGGUUAUCCCCCAUUUUUGUCAUAGAUUUCCAAGGUACCUUUUACAAUAUAAUUGCUAAAUUAUUGGCUCCUCUUCUUUUUUUGUUCUAUAUCAUGUCAAGAAGAAUGCUCAUUUUGAUAGGGUACUAAACAAAUGUUGUCGCCUAAGCUAAGGCCAUUGUAAGGAAAUUACAAGAGAAUCCAAGUAAUGCUGCAAGAUUAUCAACGGCCUGGCUAGAAAGACCGCCAGCACAUAUAUAUGGUGAAAUUUUUGUCUAUGCUAGACAUGGCCGGUGCAAGGAUUUCUGCUGCCCUAGGCAAAGAUCCAUUUUGCAGCCCCUUCAUGUCACGCACGCGCGCUUGCUCACUGCCAGGCACGCGCUUUCUCACUGCCAGGCACGCGCACUCGCUAACUGCCAUCACGGGAGCUGGUAGAAACCAAUAGUAAUCGGUAUGGCAACUCUUAAGAGCUAAGUAGCCUAAUGUAUGCUUAAAUACAAUAUUUAACAAAAUGACAGCCUAUGCCUAGACAGGAUAAACUCAGUGGGCUGUGGGGUCCGACCAGAGACAGGUCCAAGGAGAUGAUCAGCUUAGCCAGUGGGGAUCCUCCGGUCUCACACUCCCAGCUCCAGGUGUGAUCAGGAAGCAGCUCGCCAUGUUUAGCAGCCCCUCCUCGCAGCAAGGAAGUGAGGGGGUGGCUGUCCACCUCGCUCCUCACUCGAUUAGGCCUCAAUUUCAGAGGUCUCGUUAUAUGGGUUCAGGCUUUAGAUUUCCCAGAUUUGGGCCAUCUUCCAAGUAGCAGUUCCCCGCUUUUUGGCUCCAGAUAGGGUCAAGCUCCGUUAAAUUUCAGCUCUGCAAGUCGAAGACCCCAGGAGCUGCUCGGGCAUGCGGCCUGUCGGCAUGGCAGUCUGGUCCUACACCCCAGAAUAAAAUAGUUUUGUUUUUAUCAUAUAAAAUUAAGUCCUAUUUUUUUCUUUUGCAGUAAGUAGAAGUUAUAAUGUUUGGGAUAUGACUUUACAAUAAAUUAUAUUUGAUGUAUACUCUGUAUAUUUGAUGAUGAUGUCUUCUCAGCUGCUCAGGUAUUUUCUGGUAAUUACCCAUCAGAAAGUGUAACGAGUGCUGCUAGUAAUCUACAUUAAUUCUAAUAAUCUUUGUUUGUAUAUACUGUAAGUUAUAGCCACGUGUUGAAAAGCAGUUUUUAUCGUUUGCUUGCAUGAUUCAAGGUGAGAAUUAAGGACCAUAUUGACCGUCAGAAGGAUAAAGUGAAUUCGACACUGGAACGCCUUGCACGCCGUGUAGAAAUAAAACAGCAGCAAAGGGAGGAAGAAAUCAAAGCAUUUCAUGUGAGCAAUAAUGGUUAAUAUUCUACAUGUGUCACAUACUGUUUAAGAUUGCUUUUAUUCAUUGUUUAUUGUGUGUAAUUCUUUCAUGGAUCGUAUGGAACCUUUGUAGGGAAUAUACAGUGUUCUAUGGAAUAAACAAGUUGUUGAACUUUAUUUUACCAGUUACAAAUGGUAGCCAUUUAAUAUAUAAUAUUAAUAACAAAGUUGUUGGAUUGCAAUACUCUUUUCCCAUUUUUCUAAACGUGCCUUCAAAAGAAAUGUCAGUUCGUUAAGCCCUCUGUUUUGAUUUCUUCAAAAUGUGUGAAUUCUGAGCUUUUUCUUGUCAUCUAGGGGAAUUAUUACAAAACAAAAUGGAAUCUACAGAUAUAAAAAAAGACACACAUGUGUUAAUACUGUGUAAACACCAGGUGAUUAGGUUGGACUCUUAAAAUUCAGAAAAUUUCAGGCGUACCUCCAAAUCUAGGGUUAUAGACCUUAGAUUCAUGUGCCUUCCAAUGUAGAUUCACUCAAACAUAAAAAUGGAGAGAAAAACAUAACAUAGUGUAAUGUACAGUAACUUUGAUUCAAAAUGCACUUUACAACAUGGCAUCGCAAUUCGUUUUGUCCACUCUGUGCCAACUUGUUUAGGGGAAAAGGUGUGCCAUCUCUCCCUGAAGAAGUUGGCACAGAGAGAACGAAAUGCUUUAGCAUACUAUUCUGUCUUAUUUAAUAGCAUUUUGAUAUUUUGCAAUGGACUAGUCGUAACUCCAGGUAAGAUCAAUGGAUCAUUUGCAUAUGCCAUAUUAUGGUGACAUACUCUUUUAGUAUAUACCUUAAGUGUAAUUCGAAAAACUUUCAAAUGAUUUGGUAGUAUAAAAACAUACUAACUGUAAUUUUAUUUUAUUUAUAUAUAAAUUAUUUAUUUUUAAUACAUAUUUAUAUAGUUUAAUAUAUAUUUAUUUUUAUGUUUGGUAAAUAUUUAAUAUGUUAAUUAUUUAUAAAACGUAUCCAAAAAUAUUAAAUUGUUUGGAAAGCUUAUCCAACAAUAUUAAAUUAGGACUUAGUUGCAAGAGGUCAGUAUUUCGAACUUCAGACUUGAGCAAAGACAGAUUUAUGUCCUGGAUGUCACUAACCUCCAUGAAAAUAUAAUGUGCUGGUUUGUAUCUAAAAUGUCACUGACUUGCAAGAAAACAAGUGUUUAACUUGAUUUAUACAAAACAAAACAAAAACGCUGUUCUCCAGGAAUCCGUUUGCUAGCAUAUAUGGGCAUAGAAAUAAACCAUCUAGUGUUCGUAAUAUGAUCCUUGGGCAUCACUGGGUUUGGUAACCUGUAACUGACCGUGCUCGGUGUUCAAAGGAUUGUUAGCAUACUAUACUAUUAAAAUUAUUUUCCAUUGUGCUAUUUAAUAAGGAUAUUUAUAUUCACAUAUUUAGGAAAAGGUGUACAUCCAACGUGUCCAUGGUUUGCAAGAGCUAGCAGUUAUCAAGGAUAGUCCUGCCGCAAGAGAUGCAAGACAUUGUGUAAACCAUUGGCUCAAAGCACCAGGUAAGGUUUAAAAACAAAAAAAAAGGACCAAUGAAAGAUUGUUGUUUGGUAAACUUUACACAAGGCAUCAUUUAUUCGAGCUAUAGGUGUUCAAUUAUAUUUUCAGUAUUAUGUUCAUGUAAUUGUAUGUGUCUACAAUAUACAGAUUUGCAUGUGAAAAAAGUAAAGUCAACAAUAUGGAUAAUAGAAAAUGUUAUAAUUCUUUUUUUUAACCGAGCAACAUUUGAAAUUAUGAUUUAGUUACUUACAGGUUAGUCUGAUAAACCACCCGUGGAGAUAUCAUUUGGUGUGAGUGAGGUUAUAUCCCUGCUGAUGCCAGAGAAACUCGGGUAUCAAGAGAUACCUGGGGCUCCUUUCUUUCAGCUGGGGCCAUUUUUGUUGGCCCCAUACUGACAGAUGAGCUAUAUACAAGUGCUCAAAGGGAUUGGUGCAUACAGUCUAAAAAUGUUAAUUAAAUUAAGUUUAAGAUUAAUGUUGUUUGGUGACUAUGGUAUAUCUUUAAAUAGACACAAUCUUAUAUACGCUGACUUACAAUGUCCUUAAGUUGUGCAUUCCAGUGGCUAGGCAUGUUGGUAGGUUUUAAACUACGGUCUAGAUUUUAGUAAAUAUUUUUGCUAUCUUUUUUACAGGCUCACCCACAUGUCUGUUUUGGCAAGGAUAUAUCACAGUAAUAAUCACAAGGACGUAUGAUCACAUUUAAUCAAAUAUCGCAUAAAAUAACUCCUUCACAGAAAAAAAAGGAAAAUAUAUUAAAAUCUUAUGUCAAUAAAGCGGCACUGUCAUGCCGAACUUACAUUCGGCUUCCUCUUCUUUCCCUCUCUCGGGAUGUGUUCUCAGUUUCUUCCUAUCUAAUCUAGUUUUCUUUAAAACAUAAGACAAAGUAGGGACUACUUUGUCUUAUGUAUAUUUCUUACGCUUGAGCCGCUCUGACCCACUUCCUGUGGGUCAAAUACAUUUUCCCACAAUACCCACCCUUUCCUUCGUGAUCUUGCGAUGCUUCCUAUCAGUAUUCCUGAACAUCCUGUCAUAUAGACAGGAUGCCGGCAAAAACUAGAAAAUUUCAUCCUAGCAGAAUGAGAACAGUUUGUCCAUUCGUGCUAGGACGACAUUCAGUAGUUUUAGGUUGGUUUGAAAUUUUAUUCGAAUGAAUAAAAUUCCGAUCCGUGCUGCGGCUGCAACUUGCAGCUUAGUAGAUGGCUCGCUAAGUCCCACAGUAUAAGGGAGCUAUGUACCAAAAGGCUGAAAGACCAAAAUUGGUAGCCAGCCUGUAGCGAGUAGGGGCAUUAGGGCGAUUUCAAUCUCCCUCUUGCUAAUAUGGGGGUCAUAGUGAUGGCGAGCAUUGGGGGCUUUGGAAGAUGCGGGGAGCACAGCUCCCUGCCGCUUCUAUUUUUACAUAUUACAAGGAGGGAACUGCGAGCCGGUAGCUUCCUCCUUGUAUUAAACUAAACGAACAAUACCGACAUUCGGUGGUUGGUUGUUUGUCUGAAAUUAUAUUAAUUCGUCUUUCAGACGAAUGAAUAUACAAAAUUCACUUCCGAAUUUUGGACAAUAGCGAAUGCCCCAAUGAUUAACUGGGCAUGAGCACGAAUUUCAUAGCGCUAUCUAGUGUGUGCAGAUGACGUGUCCCACAGGGCCUCAUCUUAGGUCCGAGCACGAAAUACGAUAAAAAAUUAAAAUAAAAUAGGUAAAAUGGAGUAUUUGGGGGUGACUAGAGGGCAGUUAGAGUUAGUAGAGUCGAGGGGGGGGGGGGGUUAAAAGAAACAAAACGGACGCAGCCAUGACAGCGUUGCAAAUUUUAUUUUUAAAAGGGACAAAUCUCAAAUUCUGCACUUAACCCUAUUGGGUGUAAUGUUCUUAAUUUAAAAUCCAACUCAUCUACUGUUGGGCUAACUUCUUAUCACAGACUUCAUCCCUCCAACUUCUGAACACUCUUUCUGCCUCCCACAAAAUGUAACUUCCUUUGGUUGUUUUGAUGUUUAUUUAAAAAAAUAUUUAAAACUCCUUUUAUUGUUUCGAAUGGGUUUCUCCGUAUGUACAUGUGAAGUGGAAGGAUUGUUCUGGGAAAGUAAAAUAAUUAGUUUGAAACAAAAUUUAAAGUGAAAGCCCAUCACUAUUUUUGGUUUAAUACUUUUAUUUGUAUCUAUUUCAAUAAUACAGGUCUCAAGUUAGGAGUCGUAAGCGCCAGCCGUAGACCUUUACCAGAGUGUAAGCGAGCAUCCCCUAUUACUAAGCAAAUGAUAUGCCCCAUAAUGCACUGCAAAAGAACAUUUGACAAUGGACAACUGUUGAUGGGACAUCUGAAAAGGUAAGCAUGCAGUGUGUUUUUUAAUCUUGUCCUGCCAUUUGAACUUCACAGUAAGAAACAAAAAUUAUUUGAAACCUACAGACUUCUCUGCACUUUUAGAGAAGCACAUUUUUGGACCCUUUCCAGCACAAUGUGAAUAUUUUAUUUGUAUAAUCUAAGAAAAGCAUGUAUAACAUCUAUAUAUUUCCAGUUACACAAAAAUAAGUUCUGUGCUCAGACUCAUAGUACACAUUAGCUCCAAUAAAUAAAAUGAAAACUAAAGAAAAGGGGGGCGGAGCCAACCACGGAACGGAAUGGCCGCAAGAUAAACAAGCUCCUCUCAUGAAGGAGUGAAUCCGCGGGCAUCGGGCGAUUAAAACAACGAUGGGACACCCAAAGAGAGCAGCAUCUACCCCUCACCCCUCCGGUAAGCAGCCGGCGGGGAAACCGGGGGCCCUCACCAAGUAUUUCCGCGACAAUGCGGAACUCCAGCCGGGCGGUAUAGGCCCAAACAUGGCGCCGGACUCACCUUACCACAACUCCCAGCCAUCCAGCCCAGCAGGCUCAGAAAUGUCCGGGGCGACCGGGGACACUGAAAUUAAGGACCUCCUCCGCAACAUGCCGUCCAAACAAGACCUGGCGAACAUGCUGGGUAAGUUGGAGAUGUCCUUCCAAAGCAAACUAGACGCCUUAGGGGCAGACAUGCGCCACAUGGGGGACAGGAUUGGGUCACUGGAAGAUGAAAGGGAUGUCACCCAAACACAAAUACAAUCCCUCCAAGACAAUAUGAAAGCCCACACAACCCAGCUCACAGAGAUACAACGUUCCCUAGAUGAUCUAGAUAAUAGGGGAAGGAGGAAUAAUCUGAGAGUGAGAGGCAUCCCUGAAAAUGACAAGGAAGACAUUAUAGCAGUGCUCACUGAGCUAUUUAACCUAAUCCUUGACAGAGCACCUGACUCUACCAUAAUAUUUGACAGAGCCCAUAGAGCCCUGCGUCCUAGGAGCCUGAACACCGACAGGCCUAGAGAUGUAAUAUGCAGAUUACACUAUUACAGGUGCAAAGAAGAUAUUCUGGCAGCACUACGGAACUCCAACCAGCCGUUAUUAUUUCACAGUGACCCAAUCAGUAUAUACCCAGACCUCUCAUGGCUUACACUUCAAGCCAGAAGAUCACUGAAACCCAUCACAGACCAGCUGAGGAUGAGGAACAUCAGAUACAGGUGGGGUUUCCCCUUUGCUUUAAGUACCACGAUCAAUGGCAACCAACACAGCAUCCACACCAUACAAGAUGUCCCAGUAUUCCAGAGGGCCCUGGACCUCCCUAUGAUACACAUCAGCGACUGGUACGGCCCGACGCCACCCUUUGGGAUGCCUCCGACACCCCAGCGCCCCCGCGGACAGCAGGAAACGAGAAAGAGACAUACAGAAGGCACAGAUGGCCUGCCACACGGAGACAUAAGACCGUCAUCCGCACGACGGCAAUAGCCAAGCAAACCACCCAAGACAGCUGAAUACCUGAACGCAAAAGGUUCCAUAACCAUUUAUGACCAAAGACGCAUUAACCUGGGAUGAAGGCCUACAAGAAACAAGACUCUGUGAGUAGUGACUUUUUCAUGCGAGCACACAGCAAAAAGAAACAAAAAAAAAAAAAAAAAAAUCAUACCCACUACGGACUGUCUGGGACUUACCUCAAAUCUGAAAGACGAUGCAACCGGACAAAACUACAGAGACAUCGCCUCACGCAUCACUGAGACUUUCUUAAUUAUCCUCCAAGCUACAGGCAGACGGCAAGGAAGAACCACAGGCAUAUACGAAAGACUAUCGCAAGGGCGGGUAAUAUGUAUUUCAAUGACUGUGCUGCUCUUACCCUUCAUCAAUCCUUAGUCCCUAAAUCCUGGAACAGCUAUAAGUAUGUGCCCCACGAGGCAAUCCACCACAGUGCCUGACUGCCCAACUUUGUACACAGGGUAGAUUGUAGAUGUCCAUAGGCACGUAUAACUUAAAAGAACCAUCCCUAUAGGCUCCCCCCACACUCUUUGCCUUACACUCCCAGGCCCACCUUUCAGGGAUCCCAAAACAGGGAAGUCACCGAACCCAUAGACGAAGGAGGGUAUCAGGGGAGAAAGAGGGGGAAAAUUAAAUUAAAUACACAACUCUCAAAAAAAAAAAGCCUACAUAUUUGUUAAGGACCAUCAUAGGACCCCCAGAAGACCUUCCCCCCCCAGGGUACCUACCGCCCACUUGAAGGUUAUCACAUACCAACGCAGAUCCCAGGCCAGACGACAAGGCAGUGGGGAAGAGGCCCAUCGCACCAGGCUUAAUAGCUGAGGUCAUCAGUCUCCAACACCCAUCCGCCCAUACAACUAGAUAAACCAAUCCAAGCGGAGCUCAUUCCGAUUGGGAUAGCGACCAACCGGACCCCCCAUUUUAUUUUUCUAUCACACGGUAGACCUGCGGUCAACCACCCCCUCCGCCCCCUCAGGAUAAUACGUGGAAAAAUAUAGGUGUGGCUAUACGCAUGCCUAUACCAGUAGAUAACUGAACCUAGGCCCAUAGGGCCUACACCAAGGUGACAUAUAGGUUCUCGGAGAGAUAGACCAUCUCGGCUGAGACAGUUACCACAGGUACUCACGCACCUGGCACAGGUGCAGGUUACAAUUGAAGUUUGUGUUACUCAUUGAUUGUUCAUUGAAGUUGAAUUAUUUGUCUUGUUCUAGUGCAUCUUUGCUUGAGAUUCUCUGCUUAUCUUUGUACAGACAGGUCUGUGGCCAGGCGCUGGGUGGAGGCACGACGCUAACCCUAGAUAACCCUAAGGUACCAGACAGACAAUGACUACCCUACGUAUAAUCACCCUUAAUGUAAGGGGAUUGAACUCCCCUGAAAAAAGAUCCCUAGCCCUUACAGAGCUACAUAGACUGCGCGCAGACGUAGCGUUCCUCCAAGAAACCCACUUCAAAAAAGAUAGAGCCCCCAAUUUGAGAAACAACAGAUAUCCCACAAACUAUUUUGGACAUUUCGCUGAGAAAAAAACCAGAGGAGUGGCCAUAUUAAUAUCCGCCCAAGUACCUUUUACGCUCAUUGACCAGAAAACGGACGACUCAGGGAGGUUACUGCUAGUAAAGGGGACCGUGGGACAAAAUAAAAUCACCUUUGUAAAUAUGUACAUGCCUAAUACCGGCCAAUGCAAGACCCUUAAAAAAUGCCUACGCUGGAUAGACACUUUUGCAGAGGGCAUACUCAUAAUGGGGGGAGACUGCAACAUGUCACUAGACUCUGCUUUAGACACUACAUCGGCCACCCCCAACAGAUACGACUCUCUCCGUAAACACUUCUCUCGUCUCCUGGACAGCGCUCAACUCUAUGACUGCUGGAGACUAAGUCACCCCAAUAGGAAGGACUAUUCAUACUACUCACACGCAACCCACACAUAUUCCAGGUUAGACAUGUUCUUUAUACCGCACAGGUUCCUGCAUUUAAUGUCAUCGUGCUCAUACGGCCCUAUCACAUGGUCUGACCACGCACCCCUGUCUCUUGCCGUCCACAUACCCUCUCUACCCCUGAAAACAUACCAAUGGAAAUUAAAUGACUUACUACUAAAUGACAAAGUAGUGAUAAAAAAGAUACACAACUCCAUUCAACAGUACUUCACAGAAAACACUUCGCCACAGACCUCCCCCCCUGUGACAUGGGAAGCACAUAAGUGUGUACUAAGGGGACAGCUCAUAGCCAUCGCAUCCACACACAAAAAAAAGAGGGAGGGUCAAAUCAAAACCCUCACAGAGGAUAUAAGAGCUCUAGAGGCAACACACCACAACAAAGACUCAUUCCAGACAUAUAAGGCACUGCUCGCGAAACGCACAGAGCUACAACAACUGUUAAACACACGGGUCCAACGUACGCUGCUACGCACCAAACACUCCUAUUUUUAUUAUGGAGGCAAAUGCGGCCGUCUCUUAGCCUCCGCACUAAAACAAAGUAGGCAAACAACAUUCAUAGCGAAGGUCAAACACCCUGACAAAGGUAUUUCUCACGCCCUUCCUGACAUAAUGGACGCAUUUCAUAAGUUUUACUCAGAGUUAUACAACCUUAGGAGCGCCCCCCCCAUCGGCAGCGGACAUUGAACGCUUCCUAACCCCCAGGGUGCGGCACAAGAUCCCAGAAGGAGCGCUACAAACCCUAGACGGUCCUCUGACGAGAGACGAGUUCCUGGGAGUAGUGGGCUCCCUACCCAUACGGAAAAGCCCAGGCCCAGAUGGGUACACGGCCAAAUACUUUAAAACAUUCAAGAACAUACUAGCAGACCCCUUCCUAGAUGCAUUUAACUCUCUCAUCAACGCCCCAUGUUUCCCUACCUCAGCUUUAGAGGCACAUAUCACGCUAUUACCUAAGCCAGGAAAGGACCCCACAAGCUGUGGCAGCUACCGCCCAAUAUCUUUAAUUAAUGUGGACCUAAAAAUUUUUACUAAAAUUCUUGCAAACCGGUUGCGCCCCCUGCUACCCGAACUCAUACACACAGACCAGGCGGGCUUUGUCCCGAGACGGGAGGCAAAACACAACACAACAAAGCUCUUAAACAUCAUCCACCUAUCUCACUCUCAACGCAUACCCAGCCUCUUACUCUCGGUCGAUGCGGAAAAAGCAUUCGACCGGGUGGACUGGUCCCUCCUCAGAGCCACAAUGCAAGCAAUGGGUUUCGGGCCCAAUUGGGACAAAUGGCUCAGUGCGAUCUACUCUGCCCCCACGGCUAAACUUAAAAUCAAUGGACAACUGUCAGACCCAGUGCACAUACGAAACGGCACGAGACAGGGGUGCCCCCUGUCCCCGCUCCUCUUCAUCCUCACAAUGGAACCGUUCCUACAGGGGAUCAGGGACAACACAGAUAUCACAGGUUUCCGGGUGGGACAUCAGGAAUACAAGAUCUCAGCAUUCGCUGACGAUCUACUCUUUACACUAACCUCACCUAGCACCUCCAUGCAGCCGCUUCUGGGGGAAAUAAAUGCUUACAAUCAGUUAUCUAAUUUCCAGGUUAACUUUGCCAAGAGCGAAAUCCUACCCUUGGAAAUUUCCCAACCAUUACAAACCACACUGCAGAAGAAAUACCCAUUCACGUGGGCCAAAUCAGACAUCAAAUAUUUAGGGGUUCACCUACCACAUACUCUCGCAACCACAUAUAAAAUCAAUUUCCUCCCACUCCUUCAACAGAUUGAAACAGAUCUGACCAAAUGGCACAAGCCCCAAUUCGGAUGGCUAUGCCGUGUCAACAUUCUAAAAAUGAACACGCUCCCAAGAUUGCUAUACCUUCUGCAAACACUCCCAAUCCACAUCCCUAAAUCUUUCUUUCUCAAACUGCGGCACCUCUUCACUAAAUUUAUAUGGGCAUCCAAACACCCCAGGAUAGCCUUUAACACGCUCACGAAACCCAAAAGCCAAGGCGGCCUGGGGAUGCCACACAUAGAGCUCUACCACACAGCGACCAUUCUCACGAGGAUCUAUGAAUGGGCCAACCCGUGCCCGCAGCUACAAUGGGUGCAAAUAGAGAAAUCCUUCUUUACAGCCCCACUCCACGGGAUUCCAUGGCACAGCACUGGCUCUCCAUUCUUAUCCCCACACCAGUCCAGCCACCCCACCAUUACGCCCACACUCAAAACCUGGACACGCAUGAGACAGAGGACCUCAAUAUCCCCCCACCCGUCCCCUCUAUACCCCCUGACAGGAAAUCCGCUGUUCCAACCAGGGCUACCGAACCGGGCAUUUGAGUUCCUAAAAUUGCCUCAAAAGACGCCCUAUCUGAGACUGCACUCAGUCUUGGAAGGAAACUCAGUCAAACCACUCGACACCCUAAUGGGAAUUAGCCAGCCCACGACGCUCCAGACUUUUCGGUAUGCGCAACUGACCCAUUUCAUACGAUCCACUCGAACACUACAAACAGGCUCUCGGUCGUAUACGCCAUAUGAAACAUAUUGCACGUUCCAAUCCCUCAAAACCAAACAUCUGUCGAUAUUUUAUAAGUUGCUCCAAGGAGAGCAGAAAGGGCACUUGCCACAGUUCACCCAAACAUGGAAUAGGGAACUCUCUAUCAACAUAACACAGGGGGAAUGGGGCACCAUUCUCCAGGGCAUUCAGAGAUCCUCCAUUAGCACCACUAUCCAAGAAAGCACAUACAAGAGAAUAUCAAGGUGGCACUACUCGCCCACCAAACUCCACCAGAUAUUCCCAAACGCACUAGAUGUUUGUUGGAGAUGUGGACAAACAGGAGGGACAACAGCUCACAUCUGGUGGCACUGUCCAACCAUACAAUCCUACUGGAAGAGAGUACGGGAAAUCAUCAACAAUAUUAUAGGGAGGGACAUACCACUCAAACCGGAGACAAUGCUCUUCUUACUAUACUCAGACCCCAUUACCAAACCACAGAGGGUCUUACUGACCCACAUGCUCACAGCAGCCAAUCUCCUCAUACCGAUACAAUGGAAGGCCACCAAGGCCCCAUCCAUGAGAGAAUGGCUUCAGAAAGUAGAGUCGAUACGGAUUAUGGAGGAACUGACAGCCUCACUAAACGAUAAAUACGCCCAUUAUGUAACCACAUGGGAACCUUGGUCAAACUACAUAGGCAAAUCCAUAACCCUACGGAACCCGGACGGUCAAGGGCCCUCCUAGUGCACACUCAACGGUAAUUAGCGCAAGCCCUACCUCCCCCCCCCCCUUUUUUUUUCCACUUCCUCCCCAGACGUAGCGGUACGAUGGCCACAGACCUGGCUGAGAAGUAGGGACCUACUAAUCCCGGCUAUACAGUUAAACCAAUAAGUUAACACAAAACUGCUGACCAUGGCGUCAGUAACGUACAAACCAAACGGGGACAUAAGGCCGAUGCUGGUACAGAUCACAUGUACCUCGUAUACCCCACAACAAUUAUCUCGGUAUCCUAUGUACUAGGUAAAGUAAAUCUUAAGACAGUUUGAGAGAGAAAGUUGCCUCAGAUGAUAUAAAAGUAUCUCUCUAGGUUUUAACUAUACUAAUAUAUUUACAUACUUUAAACAUGUUUACCAUAUGUUACAUCGAACCAGGAUUUUGAAUUUGUAACCAGACAGAUGAUCUCAACUGGAUAACUACAAUUUGUAUAUGUUAGCAUUUAAACAAUGUAUGUUUAUAAUUGAAAAAAAAAAAAUAAAUAAAUAAAUUCAGCUCGAUUAUAAGCAGAAUCAAAAAAAAAAUAAAAAAAAAAAAAGGUGCAUUUUUAUGUAGAAAGGGUAAUGUUCUAAUGUUUGAAUGACAUCAGUAUCAUUAAACUGGUGCACAAAAAAAAUAAAAAAAAGAAUAUAUACAAAUAAGUCUACAAGUCCAAUAUAGGAUCGAAGGAUUUUUUUUAAAUCUCAUUUCAUUUCAUUAUGGAUCCAUUUUGGUUUAUAAGUUGUGCAGAGUCAUUUCCCAGGAUUGCUGAUGAUAAUAAGAGCACAAGGACUUCUGCUAAGGUAUGUUAGUAAAUGUAUAUUAAGCAUUUUGAUAAUAAAGUCCAGUUAAUACAUACAUUUUUAUCUGAAAAAAAAAAAAAAACUAAAGAAAAGAGCCACUUGCACACUAUAUCCCAAACCAAUGCAUAUUUAAAUAAAUGGAUUUAUUUUUUGUUUCACUCCAAUGGCAGUUAGGUGUACUGAAUCCACAUUGAUGUAUUUUCUCCUAUAUGAAGUUGGGUCGUUAUCCUCAAGUCAGGAAUUUAAAAUACUCAAGAUUACUUAUUUAUACAGGUGUCUUGAUAUAGCACAAGUGAAGCUGUUAAACACCUGUUGGAUUUUGUUCUGCAAUGUUAAGUUGCAUAGGGGGUCUGCCUUUACGUUGGCAGGCGGGCAUUCCUUCCAAAGGCCAUUGGAGUAACUAAAUGACCUCCAUUUGUUUAAAUAUACAUAGGGAUUCAGGAGAGAGCGAAGGUAACUUUUUCUUUUGGUUUUUACUGUAUAUAUUGGGGCUGAUGUGUACUGUGGUUGUUGCUGCUGCCCAGGAGUGAUGGGAGUGAGCGCUGGACUUAUCUUUUUGUAAAUGUUAAGUUGCAUGGCAUGAGAAAACACAAGAACUUAAAGGCACACUCUAGUGUUAGGAAUACAAACAUGUAUUCCCGCACUAUAGUGCCAGGAAUACAACAUUAGGUCCCUGGCCUCCCUCUCUCUGGAGAUUAAAGGUGAUUUUACUAACCUUUUCUCCUGUGCCGGUCUCUAUGCAGCUGUCCCCAUCUGGCCUUGCCUCCGUGACUGAGAUCAUGAAUUUUGAUCUCAGCCACUCAAAUGUUUUUUUGAGGCUGUUAAGCAUGUAUGGCAAAACAUUGCUCUUAACCAAACAGCAUCUCCUCUAAAGAUGCAUUGAAUCAAUGCAUAUCUAUGGGGAUUGUUCAGUGCCUUCAUGCAGAAUGGGGAUGCUGAAUGCUACACUGGGCAGCACUGACACAGGAAGCACCUUUGGUGGCCGUCUGAAUGACUGCCACUAGAGGUGUAACAAGCCAGCAAUGUAAACACAAUGUCUUUUCUCUGAACAGACAGCGUUUACAGUAAAAGGUUGCAGGGACAUGCCAUAGACACAUUAAGCUGAAGUGGUCCUGUUGACUAGUGUCCAUUUAAGUAACAUUUAACAAAGUAUAAUACGUUUAUAACACCUGAAAUAGGCAUCUAAUGGCUGAUAUGCCUAUAUCUGCAAUUUUAUACAGUUGAACAAAUUCUAUUGUUUUCAUUGAGACCCAACUGCAUUUUCUGCGCCUCCCAAGCUAACUGUUCACUAAAUCGACUCUCUCUUUCAUGGUAUACAAUAUGUGCCAGAGUAGUGUAGUGUUUAUUGUAUUUCUACAACAUCUCGAGAUCUAAUUUUUGGCACCCUGGUCAUCAGAAUGCCUCCCACCCCCUGCCAUGAGCUCUUUAUAAUUGUUACUGUAAUAUUUGUUCAAAAUAGAAGGAAAGUUUUUCAAAGACAAGAUCCUAGAACCAGCACCUGUUAAUAGGGUUUUAGUCAAACCAACCGAACAAGGUCUUAUUCCCAUUAGAGUAUACAUUCUGUGCAAUAUAGUAAAAUUUUACUCAAUUUUGUAGUCACGGUGUGAGAGCACAGAGCUGAAUUACGGAGACUAAUUUUCAAUACCCAAUGAUAAGAUUCAUAAAACAUAUGCAAAUAUUCAGUUAUCACCUGAGGUGAAAUGUUCUAGCUUUUUGUGGAAAAAUUAAAAUUUAAAAAUCAUUGUCAUUUCAGAGAAUAUGGUAUUUUGGCUGUUAUUGACCUGAAGUGUGUGUUGUACUGUGCCAUCUAUUGGCAAAUAUUGAAAAGCACCUUCUCCCCUACAGUUUUUGUUUUAUUGUAGUCUCUUAAAAGGGACUCUCCAGACACCCAGACCACUUCUGCCCAUUGGAGUGGUGUGGGUGCCAACUCCCAUCUCCCUUAACCCUGCAAGUGUAAUUAUUGCAGUUUUUAUAUCUAUCAGAUAGCCAUAGAGGGGCUUCCGGCUUCUUAAAACCCCAAAAGUGUUUUAAACGUCCCUAGACGUCCUCACACUAUGCAUGAGGACCUCCAGCAUCGCCGGAAUCCCCAUAGGAAAGCAUUAAGCGGAAUUCCCAUAGGAAGCGUGGGCGGAGCCUGACCCAGCGCCGAGGGACAUCGGCACUGGGUUCAGGUUAGUCCAUUGAAGGGGUUUUAACCCCUCCAGCGACAUGAGAUGGGAGGGAGGGGGGCACUGCAGGAUUCUUGUUUUCCUGGCACUGGAGAGUCCCUUUAAGUGAGCACAUAUCCUAAAUGUAAGUGACACAAAUUGUGUGUUUGUUUUUUUUUUUCCUCAUGUUGUUCCAAUGUAUCUUUAUUGCAUUUUAUUGCAAGUGAAAUUUGUAUUUUUUAUUUAUUUUUUAUUUUUUUUUACUCUACCUAAAGAUUUGACCAUUCUCCAUGUGAUCCAACGAUCACUCUUCAUGGAGCUCCAGUACCUUUAUAUGCCUGUGUUUUGUGCGCCAAGCGAUUUCCGUCUAGGAAAGAAUAUGCAGAGCAUCUCCUUGAAAAGGUAUGAACAUUGCGUGACAAUAUGGAAGGAGGAAUCACUGUGUAACAUUAAAGGCACAAUCCAAGCACCAUAACAACUUCUUGCAUCCGUUAGGGGCAAAUCCUUUCCUGCUCCUAUGUCCCUAUGCUUGUUAUUGCCAUAUUUCCAAAUACACUCUGUUCAACUUAUCUCUCUUAGCACCUCUCCAAGAUUUCAGUUAAUGAUCCGUUGCUGCACACACGGUUACAUUUGUAGCUUUAUUCUUGCAGCUUCAAAUGGAACCAUUAGCUUGGUCAGACGUUCCAUUCACAUUUGCUUCUCAUAUACUGCUGAUGAGCAGAGUUUUAUGUAAUAUGCUCGUCCGUAUUGAAAUUAAUGGAAUGGCAAGGAUGAACUGAUCUCUACUACAUCCAAAUUGGCAGGUGUUACCAAGUUUUUUAUAUUUUUAAUACAUACUGCUUUAAUAAUGUUGGUCAGCUGCAGCCUCAUUAUUUUACCGUGCUGAAUGACUGAUGAUACAUAAUGGAGUACCAAAGGUGGUGUAGUUUAUGAACUUUCCCAUUUCCACAAUUAUUACACUAUCCCUUUCUUAUUUUGUCCUUUAGGUUACUGCAAGUGUUCUAUAUUGCUAAUCUUAGUAAAUUAUAUUACAAUGCGUAUUAUUUCCAUUUCACAAUUCAAGUACACUGUGCUUUGAUUAUUGAUGAUUAUUUUUUUCCCCAUCAGAAAAAAUUGCUUGAUGGACAUGAAUGCAAUAUUCCACCCCAGAUCAUCCAGUGCUUUGCUUGUCCUAAAUGUUUUUUGCUUUUUUGCCUGAGAGAUGAAUGUCUGCAGCACAUGUCAUCCGCGAAUCACUUCAUGCAAGGUAUGUUGUGUAUUUGUGGUUCUGUUUAACAGUGUCACACGUCAUCUGCAAUCCUAAGUAGUUAUACCAAAGAGCUCUAAUAAUGAACAGAUAUCUAGAAAGGUUUUAAUGCUGUGCCUAUGAAACUAACCAGCAAGUGUUAAUGUCGCUAUCAAUAAAAAAACAAUUUCAUAUAAAUUAGCAGCACCUUAAAAAGUGUACUCGGCCCUAAAACAGUUAAAAAUACUAUUAUCACAAUGUAAAGUUCACUGUGCCUUUAAAUAUGUGCCAGAAAGAUUUUUUUAUUUUGUUCAAUAACAUUAAUUGCAAACCAAAAUGUAUUGCUAUUCAUACUGUCUGUAUCAGUUAAUAUUUGCAAUUGGUAACGUUAAGCAAACACUUUAAAAAUUGGAUCUUACACUGGUGAUGAAUUUGUUCGAGUACAGUUUACAUUAUUUUAGAUGUGAUUCAGCUUUAGUUAACUGUAUAAAAUUCCCUCAUCUGAAAGCCAUGGCACCUAAUCCUAAGAUCUGUACCUUCUCUGUCUGCAGAAAAAAAUAUAAUAAGAGGGACUGUCACAUUUUAUUCUUUGUAUUAUGUUUUAUUUAUUUUUUAUUAUGCAGAUGAAAAGGGUAUUGCAUGCCCUGUUCCUAUACCAGCCUAUGCAAAGAAAGUUUUGGUUGCUCUCUGCGAAGAGGUUCCAUUCCGGGUAUUUUGCACGUCUUGUCAGUCUGAACUGCACUCUCAUGUGGCACUAACUGCACACUUCAGGUUGGUAGUGAUAUGCAGUAAGCGGGCUUCUAGUAAUUUCAUCUACCAUGGAGUGCAGUUAUGAUGAUUAUCUCCCACAGGAAUGUGAUGUCAUGUUACUAAUGUUAUUUUCAUAGCUAUACUAUGGAUUAUUCAUUUAGAUCAAAAUUAGUGGCAUUUUCCCUUUUGUUUUGGGGUGUUUUUGUUUUUUGUUUUUAACUUCUUUUCCUUUGCAAAGUCUCCAGGAUAGUCACUAAACACCCUGUCCUCCUAAGUUUGCAAACCCUACACUGAAGUGAUCCCAUAAAUCCAGAAUUAAAUAGCAACCAGAGUAAUGUGAUAAGGUCCAGAAUGCCCACAUAAGCUGCCAUACAUGGCUAACUACCUCAUACAUUUACCCAUGAAGUAAUGAGUAGUUUUCCCAAUUAAUCUGAAAAUAAAUAAUUCACCCAACUGGCUAAUGUAUAAAUAGAAUAGGUCUUAGAUGGGAAACCAUAUUAUUUCCCCUAGUUCAGUGGUUCCCAAUCCAGUCUUCAAGUACCCCCUAAUAGUCCAGGAUUAAGGGACUACUCAGUUGUGUCUGAGGUGUUUUUAGAAUAAAGAAACACACUGUAGACACAACAGGGUAAUCCCUAAAUCCUGGACUGGUAGGUGGUAAUUGAGGACUGGGUUGGGAACCCCUGCCCUAGAUGAUCAUGCUGAGCUGCGGAAUUGACUCUGCCCCCACAGCCAAUCACUGUUCUCUUUUUUUUAAUAGCAUUUUAAGGCCAUGUUAAGCAGAAUGGAGACAAAUAAAAAGGACAAUUAUUGGCUGUAGGGAAAAGUCCUAUCAGCAGCUCGGCUUACACCGAUUUCUCAUUGGUUUAGUACAUACUUCACGUAUAGUCUAAUAAAGAAGUCUUGUUGUGUAGAAGUAGGAGUGAGGGGACUGUGCUACAUUGCAGAAAGCUGCCAAAGGUUUUUGUUUUUGUAGCAAAUAUAUAUAUAUAUUUGGAUGUGGAGAAAAAAUUGCUUUUGUAUUAGGCAAAACCUAGCCAAUGUACUUAAAGGAACACUGUAUGCACAAACUGAUUAGAGCAAUUAUUGUGCCUGGAGUCCUUGGACACCAGAUUCCACUUCACUGCUAAAUGAUUUACUCACAGCUUUGAAGAGAUGCUCUGUCCCCAGUAGCCUCCAGCCUGGCCCAAAAUUAUAUGUUAUAGUUAUGCUCCACCUCACUCCAUACCAAUUCAUACCAGAGAUUGAGGCAGUGAUUGGCAGAGUGCGCUUAUCGUGCACUCUCAACUGAUCACUCGUGUUACUUUUGGUAUGGAGUGAACAAUGCCUAUAUUGCAUGAUGUUUAUUGAUUUAUUUUUUGUAUAGGGCACUCUGUUGUAGAUAAUGGGAAUUUGAAGUCUGCAGGUAGAGCAAUUAAGAUCAAUGUUCACAUGAAACUCCCCUCUCAUCUCAAACAGGACUCGAUGCCGUAAUGCAGGUCCCACUUCACGUUCAGAAAAGAGUAUAGCUGAAGUUGCUGCCACAUUUAAAGUGAAAGCAUUAUGUCCUGUGUGUAGACAGGCUUUAAGGAGUGAUAAACACAUUGAAAAACAUGCUGAGAGGACCAAGCACAAAGUGAAGAUAAUCAGAAACAUGGCACAAUCAGUUUUGGCAUUUUGUCUUAUCAACGAAGGAGAAAAAACUGCUUCAGACUUCUGCUUAUCUGCAGCAAAUGCUAGAAUGAAAGCUUGCCUGCUAAAAAGGCACAUCGAUGAUGAUGAUGAUGAUGAAGAGAAACCUGUAGUAAAGGUCGUGGUGAUACCUAAAAACAAAAGCAUUAGCAGUGGUAUCCAAGCUGAAAAAGACACGAAUGAGCAUUUUCAGGUAACUGUAACUGCAUGGUUCUGUGAAUGCGAUCAAAAAUUUUCAACAGAGCAGGAAGUGGGGGAGCACAUCAUGACAGCAAAUAGAAUUUGCCACAAAUGUACUGUCUGUGGCAAGAUGGCAGAUGAUUUGUCCAUCAUUCGUCUGCACAUGAGUCGCUUCCAUGGAGGCGCGCACUUAAGUAACUUUCGGUUUUGGUGCAGAACUUGCCAUGUUCAGAUGCACAGCCUCGAAGAUGCAAUGAUGCAUGUAGCAGAGUGCCAUGCAGGACAUUCAUAUUACUCUGAGAAAGACAUUGUAGAUGAGGAGCCAUUGCCUUCUACAUCUUCCUCUACAUUUGCAGUAGGGCAAAGUCAAUGCAUAUACCCACCUACAUCCUCUUCCACUACAGCCUCUGAAUCUGCUAAAGGCAGGUGGCAGUGUCAUAUUUGUGAAGAAAUGUUCGAGUCUGAAGAAAUUGUUAAACAACAUUGCAAAUCUCCGUACAAACAUCAGUUUCACAAAUUCUGCUGCGAUCUGUGCCGAAAGCACUUUCACAAAAUAGAGACCCUCUACAGACAUAGUCAGCAGCAACACGACGGAGAUAUAAAAAUGAAAUAUUUUUGUGGCCUUUGUGAGGAUGUCUAUUUUGAGCAAGAGAUUGAAUUUCACAACCACUUUGACAGUUUUCACAGUCAGGAUUAUGCAUUUGUUCCAGAGGAGAAACCAUCUCCUGUCAAAAGUCAGGAGCAUUCAACAUCAGUCUUCAUUGAAAAUAAAGACCAUAUGACCUGUGGCUGCUUGCAGUCCUAUACAUGUGACAAAGACAGAUUAAAAGACUCUGCUCGCUGCUUGGAGAGGAUUUUGAAGACUGGUAAUUUGUGGUACUCCUGCUCUUUCUGUUCCGCAACAGCUAAAUCGCUUGAACAAUUAAAAGUACAUCUUUGCAAGGAUGAUAAGGAACAUGCUAAAAAGGAAUUUGUUGUCAAGUGCUUUCUCUGUCAUCAAACCUUUGCCAAGGCUGUAACAGCUCAACAGCACUAUCAUGAGGAACACUGUUUCCUUCUGAAACCUAAAAUCAAAACCGAUCCUGGAAUCUUAGAGGACAUCUUCGAAUUUACAGCUAAAGGACCAUCCAUACAAGAAAAGACAGUAAAGACACCUAGCUCUUAUAUGUCAGUUAGUCAAGAUAACACUAGGUCAACUGGCAAUUUUGGGAAGGUAGAGCCUCCUACAUCUUCUGCUUUGGAAACAAGUGCGACUGCUGGAGCACAGGAGAUGGAUACAGGUAUUGUACUCCUAGUCGUGUUUACACUAAUCCUAUAUAAAAAAUAACCAAUUACCAAUGUUUGUAUGUGUCAUUACCUCUGGAAAGCAUUGGUUUUUCAGGACGUUGGAGUGUAAUGACACGUUCUAAUGUUUUUGUCCCUGCCUCCCAUGCAGGCAUAGUUCCAUGUCCAGAUACAUUUGGGGGACUUGCCUGGCAAGCCAAGCAGUCCCUCAUCAGCCAACUGCUGUACUCCUAGUUACGUAAUCACAAUGACAUUAGAGCAGUGCAAAGACUACUGACAAGGUCAGAUCUAUCAGAAUGAAAAAAAAAUACGUUCUCUCUAUACCAAAAGAUUCUUUACAAUCUGAUUUAUUUUCCUUUCUUUCUAGUGGAUAGUGAAUUGCCAGAUCUGGACUACCUUUGUACAAUGACACACAUUGUAUUUCUUGACUUGGACAACUGGGCAAGUUUUUUCACUCAUCUACCAGGUUUCCUGAACCAAGGGACAUUUGUUUGGGGAUUUCAAGGUAAGAAAUCACUUGUUUAGUAAGGAUAUUGACCAAGGGACAGGUCAGGGUGUCUCCUACCAUUAGUUGGGCAAGGACUAUGACUAUAUCUCCUAGUCAAAAAAGAGGUCACCUAGUUGUUCUAGAUAAGCAGGGGAUAACCCUAAUUACUAAAAUUAGAAAAGGAAUGAAGACCAUAUCCAAGGCGUUCACUCCAUAUGGAAGUAAAUGUCUAGGAAUAGGUACAACUUAGGUUAAAUAAGUACCUUACAUGCCAAGAAAUAUAGUAAAACACCUUUAUUAGUCCAUAAGGCAUAGAGAUACUAUUCACAGUGAAAGGGUCCCAAAUAGGAACAGAGUAUAUAUGUAUAGGUAUAGGGCAGACAGGCAUUCCACUAUAGAGGGAUAUCUUGCUAUUAAGCAGAAUCAAUAAGUGGUGAUAAGGAAAGGGGAAAGUGGUCUAAAUUCCUACACAGAGAGGAGGAGAAAAAAAAACCCUAGAUGUCUACUAAUUGAAAAUUAAUCAGGAUCAAAGCAGAAAGGAGGUAUCUCCAGGCUAUUGUAGCGACCACUAUUCCAUUCCCACCAUACCCCACAGCCAGUUAACUAGCAUCUGUCCCUAAAAUGUAUUUUCUAAAUUUGAUCAUUUAGGGAAACAGAUUAAAUGUUUUUAAAGAUUACUUUUAAAAAAAAUAAAGUAGGGGGCAGAGCUUACCAUGCACUGAAAUAGACGCACAUAACCCGAGCUCCUGGGAAAACUCAGCUUUUUGACCUCAGAUUCCGAAUCCCGACAAGGAAAUUAACUCCACAAGGCUCAAGAACACCAUGGGACGAAAAUCCAAGCUUUGCAAAAGUGAACCAGCCCCGCUAUCUCAAAAUAUAGGAGACUAACUGCUGGUAACUCCAAAGUCACGGCCUAUCAAAAUGGUGCCCGUGCGGGAAGCCCCAGACUCUACAUCGGAGGAGAGUGAGGAUGAGGAACUCCUUCAGACAAGAAUAAACUCAGAGCAAGCCUGCAUCUGAACCUGAAGUUGUUCCAGCGAGUCAAGCAAAUAUGCAAAAUCUCCUUUGGGAGUUAAAGUCCUUCUUUGCAGCAGAUAUAGCGCUGGUCAGAGAAGACUUAAAAGCUAUGUCAGGCCAUGGAGGACGUAAACAACGUUCAGCAGAAUGCUCAGAGUGAUCUAAAAACUGAUGUCGGCAGAAACAAACAAGCCAAUGCAAUUUUGAAGAGCAGGGUGGCAGCUCUGGAGGAUGCCAGGCGCCAGCGAAACCUUCGCCUCCGAGGGGUCCCUCAUGAAACCAAAUUGCCCCAUUUUCUGCGGCGUCUGCUGACCUCCAUACUUACCUCAGCUAAGGCAAGAAUUGGUGGAUCAUUACUUCAGGAUACCCAGAACCAGAGGGGGGUCCCAAGAGACAUAUUGCUAUGUUUCCAAACAACCUGCAGUAAACUAAUGGUGCAAGCAGCAACCCGUGCAUCUAAAAUGCACUUUGAGGGAGCAAACCUCUCGUUUCAUAAUGACCUAUCCAGGUCCACAGUGCUGUGGAGACAGUCGAUGAUACCAGUGACACAACUACUUAGGGACAAUGACAUCCCUUAUCGCUCCGGGGUCCGGGGCACAAACUAUCUAUGCUUCAUGAGGGAAAACGCGUGCACAUCUCAAAAGUAUCAGAUUCAGAAACGUUCCUCAGCGCACUGCACCUAUCCCUGGUGAAUGCCUCGAACAGAACCUAUUGCUACAGCUAAGAAAUGGGACAUAAGCAAGAUUAAACCAUUAUACCCUAGAUCAACCAGGCAUACAAGCCCACCGGCAUUGACCUCGGCAGCCACCUGAGCUCACCAUGAACUGCUCCUGUACCAGCCCCAGGUUGGAGUUACGUUUUCUAACACUCUAAUUUGUUCCUGGAGUUCAGAUGGCUUGCACAAGUUCUUGUCUUUAGUUAUUUACCAUUGCUUAAAUAUGUACCAUGACUAACGUUACUUACCUUUGUUGCAUCGUAGCAUAUCAGGAUGUUGAGUAAAGACCUCCUGAUGAGUGCAUACCCUCCACCCCACAUAUGGAAGCGUGUGUUUUAAUGAUGUGUACUUGCUAUCUCCUUUUUAUAGUGCAACCUAUAAUUGACGGUACAUGCUGUCUCUCUCUCAGUAGACUAUGUUAAUCACAGCAAAUUAUUGCGACUUAGGCUGCCCCUUCUAGCUCUGCCUUAUCACCAUAGGAUAGCUGGUGACACUUUUACCCAUACGUAUUACAGUUGACAUUAUGUACCCCUUAAUUGACACAACCCUAUCCUGUAUAGACUGCUACUCUGUUGCAACCAAAAUGUGGCAUCUUCUGCUUUUAUUUUUGUAACCGGUAUAUUGUUAUCCCUAUGCAAUGCUACAAUAAAAAUUAUAAAUUGCAAAAAAAAUAAUUAAAUAAAGUAUUGUUCAAAUUCCUCGUAUAACCUUCCACCUGCCAGGGGAUAAUUAAAUAAAGUAUUGUUCAAAUUCCUCGUAUAACCUUCCACCUGCCAGGGGAUAGUCAGUAAUAUAUUCUUUUUAAAAUCUUAUCAUUAAUAUAGAAUGUUUUUUUUUUAGGUGGGAAAUCCAACUGGAAACCCCCAGUCAAUUGCAUAAUGUUUAAAAGUCUUUCCAACACGGGUUCUUUCUUCCUUCACCCUCGCUGCAGUAACAGAAAGGAUGCUGCUGACUUUGCUAUUUGUUUACAUGUAAGUAUGCAAUAAUUUCUGAAAACAUAACUGUCGCUUUUCACAAAUUCUAAUAUUACUCAGCAUGUUUUUGUGAGGUCUGAAAAAAUAUGUAAAUCCGUGUAUAAAUCUGACACCAACUGAAACUGGAGUUUCUAUUUGGGGUCCCUGUCAGUCAUUGUAGGCUCUUUUACAAGCUCUGUCAGUACAGAGAAAGGAGAAGCAGAAUUCUUGUUUUCUCCUAUGCAAUGCCUGGUAUCUGGGCUGAACUGGAGUGUGAUAUCACUUGAUAUACAUAUGGUAGGCAAUAUAUUAUUGUAUAAAUAAAAUUACACCAUCAAAAAAAACAGCUACUAACAUAUCCUUCCUCUGAUCUUCACCCUGAGGAUGGUUGUGCCCCACAGCCUCAACUGGGGUAGAAUAAAACUACUUUUAAUCUCCCAAGAGAAGGGGGGGGCAGGGACCUAAUCCUGCAUUCCAGUAUUGUAGUGUUAGGAACAUGUUUGUAUUCCUGAAUUUCAUUGAAAUUCCAAUGCAGUGAAAAGAUAUCAUAGAAACUUCUCUGUCUUAUGUUAAAUUCUCCAGCUGACAAAAGGCAGAGAUACCAGUAUCAAGUUGUGUCCCUCUCCCUAGUCUUUGGUAGCGAGGGCUGUGGUAAUAAGGAAUUAUCUCACCUAUUGCAAGAUAAUACUUAUGAAGGCUCCCACGGUCUCUCAGAAGCAUUCAGAGACAUCCGUGUUGUACACUCAUGCAUGUGGGAGAGUACAGCAUGGACAUGGGCUCCUGGCCGAUAAAACAACAAAGUAAACUGUUUCAAUUUUGUCCACAUUCUUUGCAUUACUUUUAAAUCUAUUAGAUUUUUCAUCACAAUAAUGUAUGUUUUUUGUUUUGUUAUUUUGUCAUUUCAGGCUGGUCGUAUGGAUGAGCUGCUACCAAAGGAAAUCCCCUUCACUAUUCUCUCAGGCGAUAAAGGUUUCCUGGAGCUGGAGAGCCAGUUUAAGAAGACCCAGAGACCUGCUCAUAUUCUUAACCCUCAUCACAUUGAUGGAGAGCUAAUGUGUGCCUUGUUAAACAGCAUAUCAGACACAUUCUCAGGUAAACGAUUAGGCUGAACAACGGGCCUCAAAUAAAAAUCAGCAAUCGUCAAUUAAAUCCAUUAUUUCAAAUGCCCUGUGUUUCACUGUCUUUGGGAAGAUUUCAUAUAACAAUUAAUGUUCCACAGAUGGUUCAUUCUGGUUUUGUCUAAACAAAAGGUUACAUUUUUACAUCAAACCUGUGAAAGAUAAUUGUUGUAGCUUUAGUCUAGAAAAAAAAAAGACAAAUAAAUGAAACCAUGUGAAUAGCAUAAAAAAUAAAUAAAAACGAAAACUAUACACAUUGAUUUCAAGAAAACACAAGAAGUGGCAGCACACACAAACAAAUACAGUUUUAAAAUUGACAACACUUCUUAAAAUCACCUGUCUCAUCAAACAAAUAUGGAGAUCCAUAUUACCAUCCCGUGUUAAGCCCCCCACAACGUCACAGAACCCAAAUAUAGGUGCGUCCUACACUAAUUUUAACAAGGGAGACAAAUUGGGGUAUUGUGACGUAGUGGUGGGCUAAACACUUUAUAGUGGAACUCAAUCCCCAUAUCUGUUUUCUGAGAUAUAUAAUUUUAACUAACCUUGUAUAAUUUAAAACUGCAUUUUUGUGUGUGUGCAGUUUCUUAAGCUGUAUUUUGUAUAAAUUAUGGCCCAUGCAGGUAUUGCAAUCAGUGGAUGAAAAGCACAUCACUUUUUUUUAUUUUGCCUUAUUUUUGAUCAAAACAGAUGUGAUAGGCUAAACUUGAUGGACGCAAGUCCCCCUUAUUUUUUUUAUUUUUAAGAUAAAGAUUUUCAGAUAGCACUGAUAAAGCCAAGAAUCAGUCACGUAUGCUGUAACAAUACAGUCCCAGUAGUAUCUUUAGGAGUCCAGGUAACAUUUAGGGCUAAAGCUGGAGACAAGAAGGAAUAUCCAAGCAGGUAGUACUGACUAUGGUUUGGCUAUUUGGAGACGCCAUAAACACAAUGACUGCAUUCAUAGAUAGCCUUUCGCAGUAUAUACAAAAUAUGUGCAGCUUAAGAAACCGCUCACCAGCCCAGGCCUACCUUAGGCCUUAACUCACCAGCCCAGGCCUACCUUAGCAGCAGUAGAGGUAGUCGUGGUUUCUCCUGGAUCUCUGUUGCAAGCAUCUAGAAGAAUGCAACAAAACUUUAAGGUCUGGACACAAAACCAUAAUCCAAAGAGUAUACAGAGUUCUGAGAAGGCAGCAUUUAAGUCAAGUCUACAAAAACAAUCCAGAGGUCAGAUGCACAGUGUAUUUACAGAACUCUGGAUAUAGAAUGUCUACAAAUAGACAUAACACAGAAUUAUCUACAGCAAGAGUAGAUGAGAUAAUUGCCAUACAUAUGAUAGGCUGGUAUUACCACGUUAUAAAUCAGAUAAGCUAUUAGUGACUAGAUCCAAGCUCAUUUCAGGGAAUAAGAAAAAAAGAUCCUCAGUGACACAGAAAACAGAGCUAAUCGCUCCAUAAGAUGCAACCCAGGGUUCUUUCUCCAGCUGAAGUCACUCACCACAGCUCUUGUAGUGGUUAUGUUGCUGAGUUACCUGGCGCUGUCUCUCAAUAUAAUAUAAUUUUAAGAAUAGUGAGAUCUAAACUGAUGCUCUUCUAAGCUCUCAGGGAUCCAACCCAACAUACUCAAUCUAUCAAAGUUAUCCAGGAUUGGAAAAGCUGAGAUUAAUAAUGCAGAAUUAACAUUUCCACAUUUUCAGUGUGGCAAUAUUGAGGAAUUCCUUGGUUCUUCAUAGCAAACUGAUUUUAAAGAGACUUUAUAGACACCCAGACCACAUCAGCUCAUUGAAGUUGUCUUAGCACGGUGUACCAGGUCCCUUAACCCGGCUGUGGUAAUUAUUGCAGUUUUUAUUAGACUGCAAUAAUUACCUGCUAGGGUUAAUACCACCUCUAAUAACGGUCUACCAGACAGUAACAAAAGGGGGCUACUGGGUUGUUACGCAACUUUUGGUCGCCUAACUGACGCUGGGCGUCCUGACACUAUGCAUGAGGACAUUUAGCCUCACCCAAAAUCCUAUAGAAAAAAACAAGUCCUUCUAUCCAUGUUUGUUUUUUAGAUUAGAUUAUCCAGCUCCUUAUUAUGAAAUACUCAGAUGUGUAGUUAGUCAUAUUGAACAGACUGUUUCCAUUCAUUGCCAUAGAAUAAGCAUCACAAAUAUAUUUACUUUCCUUAAUCUGUUAUUUUGUUAAAGGAGAAUCUAUUCCAAAAUAAAACUUUUUACAUAAGACAAAUUACAUUUAUUAGCGGACAGUCCAUUUGUUUAUACACUUAUACCAAAACCUAACACUGUAUGAUAGUUGCCAACAUUGGCAUAUAUUCUGCCAGGAUAGGGUGGGGCUGGCAUUGUGUUAGCCCAAAAGGGAGACGUGUCAUCCUAGCCAGCAAGUGCCCAACAAGAGCAGAAAUUUUAUGUAAUUACGUAGCAAAGCCUGCAAGCAUUUUUUGAUCACUUUAUUAUGACUGGAACCAAAAAUCAGAAUUGAGUUCAUGUUCAGGGCUGCUGACAAGUGUGUUGAACAUCUGAAAGAUUUUACAUAAAGACCGCUGUAGGACCAAAGAAGUCUGUUAACAAAAUCUUUUAGGUGAGUUUAUACUGGUAUUUGCUACGUGGAUGGACUACUGAAGAGGCUAAAAAAGAUACAUACAGAGCAGUGUAUAUUAUUAUACUGCAUUAAAUUCCACAAUGGAGUAACCCUUUAAGGGUUAAUUAGGAAUUGAGAAUAUUUACAUUGUUACUGUUUGCUUUUAUUUUUCUGCAGAUCCCAACUUCGAAGAAGCCAUAAGAAGAUGUCUUAAAAGUGUAACCAAAGAAAUCAAUAAUUGCACAGAAAAGUAA